AGCCACGUUACAGAGGACGGAGAGGGAACCGAAGAAGCGGACAGUGCCCAAUCCCCAUGUCAAAGUGCCGUUUCUCUCCUGCCAGCGAUGUAGUCCGACUAGCCCGCAGCGUGACAGCCGUCGGGACGACACUCAACCCGGAUACGUGAAGCUUUCCGACAGAAUGGCGAACUGUACACGGGAUAAUCCGACUUCCCCGUGUUGUUGAUCACAGCGAGUUCAUCCAGAAAUAACCAACAGCAGCUGGCUAAGGAGUUAGCACUCCGCUAGCGCUAGCAGCCAGCUGCCUCACCGCUGUCCACGGACAGGAAGGCCGCCGCGCCGGGUGGGGAUUUAACUUUCUCCCCUGACGUCUGGACGGAACCAGCGCCGCUGUCACUGAUAGACGGGCGUUGAACUGGUUUCGGUAAGAAUGGAUAAAUCUCUAGGGAUACGCGAGGACGUGUGCUUGGGAACGGUGAGAGGUGAGGAGCUGAGGUCGGGCCAGAAGGAGCCCAGGCUGCUGUCUCUAAUUGAACGCAAUGGGGAGUUUAUAUUGUGUGUUUUGGCCUCCCCGGACACUGUUGUGUCCUGUCCAGUGGCUCAGCUGUCUAUUCCCAUCAAUGGUAAUUUUAAAAUUGUACGAGAAGCUGAAGAGGCUCUUCUUAUAGACUUCUCAUCAGGUUCCUCUGUAAAGAUACGAGUUAAAGGGGAGAAAGCCCCAGAGCUGCUGCUGGAACUGCAGGAUGAUGAUCGGACCCAGACUUUCCUCACACAAGUGAAGAGUGCUCAGCAGCAAGUUCAAUCGAACCACACAAAACUGAAAGCAAUGGAGCCAACUCCUCCACCAUUCCCGCGAGGCACUGACCCCAUCCCUCCGCAGAGAGCAAACAAGACGGCUAACUCUGUCAGCUCUGGAGCGAAUCCACCUAAACCUACCAGUGCACUGCCUCCCAACGUCAGCACUACAAGAAAUCAGACUAAAGCAGUUCAGUCACUUGCCUCAGACCUUGGCUUAGUGGAAAAUUUCAACCACACUGUUAAAAUAGAGGAAAAGAAAAACCACCAGAAUCGCUUGGUGGCCUCUAGGGAGCCUCCUCCUGUUCCCCCUUUGCCUCCUCGCAAAGCCUCUCAGAGUCCAUCGACCCGAAUGGAGAGGCAGCCUUCGUGGUGCGACAGCCCCACCACCAACACCAUGAGACAGGCCGUGCUCUCCAGCCAGGCAGGACAAAGAGAAUACCUGAUCAAGCACCGCAUGGGUAAAAAGGAGCGCGAGUAUGUGGAUAUCCAGAACUUCAGGUUUUUCAUAGGCACCUGGAAUGUGAAUGGCCAGGCUCCAGACUGCAGCCUUGAGCCAUGGCUCUGCUGUGACAAAGAAGCUCCUGAUGUGUAUGCUCUGGGCUUUCAAGAGUUGGACCUGAGCACUGAAGCGUUCUUCUACAUGGACUCAUCCAAGGAGCAGUUGUGGGUGGAAGCUGUGGAGAACUGUUUGCUGAAAAAAGCCAGGUACAAGAAGAUUUGGAUCAUACGACUAGUUGGGAUGAUGCUUAUGGUUUUUGUCAAGAAGAAUCUCAAGAAUCACAUUAAAGAAGUGGCUGCAGAGCAUGUGGGGACAGGAAUCAUGGGAAAAAUGGGGAACAAAGGAGGCGUGGCAGUGAGGUUUGUCUUUCACAACACAAGUUUCUGCAUUGUAAACUCUCAUCUAGCGGCACAUGUGGAGGAUUUUGAGCGGCGCAACCAGGACUACAAAGACAUCUGUGCUCGCAUGACGUUCCACCUGCUGGACCACCCGCCUCUUAGUAUCGUCAAGCAUGAUGUAGUCAUCUGGCUGGGGGAUUUGAACUACCGUCUAUGCAAUUUCACUGCUAGCGAAGUCAAACAGCUCAUUGCUCAGAAUGACUUGAAGACGCUUCAGAAGUUUGACCAGCUGAACAUGCAGCGGCUGACUAAGAGAGCAUUCACAGAUUUUAUUGAGGGAGAGGUAAACUUCAUUCCCACAUACAAGUACGACCCAAAAACAGAUCAGUGGGACUCAAGUGGCAAGUGUCGUGUCCCGGCUUGGUGUGACAGAAUUCUGUGGCGAGGAAGUUAUGUCGAUCAGCUCCAAUACCGAAGUCACAUGGAGCUACAAACUAGUGACCAUAAGCCCGUCAGCUCCCUCUUCAGUAUAGGGGUGAAAGUGGUAAAUGAGCAGCGUCACAAAAAGGUGUUUGAGGACAUUGUUCGGGCAAUGGACAGAAUGGAGAACGAUUUCCUUCCAUCUGUGUCUCUAAGCAAGAGAGAAUUUAUAUUUCAAAAUGUAAAAUUCCGACAGCUCCAGAAAGCGCCCUUCCAAAUAACGAAUGACGGCCAGGUCCCCUGUCACUUCGCCUUCAUCCCCAAACUCAGUGACUCGCAGUAUUGCAAGUCGUGGCUUCGUGCGGAGCCAAGUGACGGAUUCUUAGAACCAAACGAGACCCUGGAGAUCUAUCUGGAGGUUUAUGUCAGUAAGGACUCCGUCACACUGCUGAACUCUGGAGAGGACGAGAUAGAGGAAAUUCUGGUUCUCCAUCUGGACCGUGGCAAAGACUAUUUCAUUACCAUCACCGGCAACUACUUGCCCAGCUGCUUUGGCACGUCGCUGGAGACACUGUGCCGCAUGAAGAAGCCCAUAAGAGAGAUCCCCAUCACUAAACUCAUUGACCUGGGAGAGGACAGCUACAUGGAAAAGGAAAAGUCAAAAAUGAACUUCCUGAUGGUGGAUGGUACAAGUACUGAGGACAAACCUCUAAAGAUCCCCAAGGAGGUGUGGAUUCUGGUCAACCACCUCUUUACCAAGUCUUGUGAUCAGGAGGACUUGUUCCAAACACCAGGCCUUCAAGAGGAGCUGCAGAGCAUCAUCGACUGUCUGGACACCAGCAUCCCAGACUCCAUCCCUGGUUGCAACCACUCGGUGGCUGAGGCUCUGCUGAUCUUCUUGGAGGCGUUGCCGGAGCCCGUGUUGUGUUAUGAACUCUACCAACGGUGCCUCGACUGCUCUCACGACAGCCGCCUCUGCAAACAGUUGAUCGCCCAGUUGCCCCGGGCUCAUCGCAAUGUGUUUCGCUAUCUAAUGGCUUUUCUGAAGGAACUCCUCAGACACUCACACAACAACAACUUAACAGCCAGCCUCAUAGCUUCACUCUUUGCCAGCCUCCUCAUCCGACCGCCUCCAAACCUGGUGGGCAGACAGACACAACACGAUCGGCAGAAAGCCAUUGACUUCAUUCUGGGAUUCCUCAUGGCAGGAGACGAGGAGUAAAUAAAAAAAACAAAGCUCCACCACUGCAUCAGUGUGGUUUGGAGCUGGAGGACUUGAUCCACCUGGUAUUCGUCAUCUUUUGGAGGCCAGUGCAGCCCUUCACAGAUUCUCAUGUGCAGCAUGACAUGCAAUGAUUUUACUAGUGUUACAUCUUCAACAGUUACAGUAUAACCACAAGCUGAACCUGGACACAUUUGGAACUGAUGCCUAUGCACUUUGUGAUGACCUGUAAGACCUGUGCCUCCAGAACAGAUUGGUCCCCAACCUUAUCUGACAUUUACUAAUGUAGGUGCUCAUGCCAAAAUAAUCCCUGAACAGUGCUGGUAAGAAACAGGAGAACACUAUGUACUAUAGAUACUUAGAGAAAGAAUUGAUUACACUAAAGAAAAUAAUUUUCUAAUGUAAGAAUUACACUGAACACAAAUACACUGUUAAAAUCUUAAAGUAGUAAGAAACAAGUUUAUUGUUUAAGUCCUUGCGCUAAGAAUGUUUAAGCUUAUGGUUAAUCCUGACAAUCAUGCAUUUCAGCUGAGUUGACAAUAUUCAAACAUCUGAAGAAAUUGUUUGUCACCAUAUCCGUUGUAUUUUAAGUGUUAUUUAUAUAUAUUUUUCCAAAGUUUGCACCACAUGUAGUUUGUGGUUCCAGUAAGAGUUUGUUUUCAGAUUCGCUGAAUGUCUAGUGCUCAUAACUUGUUUUUUUAACGAUGCUAUACAGUAGAUAACUACAUUGUGAAAGUGUGACCUGCUUCUGUUGAACCUUUUGCCGUGAGCCUUACACCUUGUUUAACCAGUUCGGCAGGAGUUGAGUUAAGCAACGAGCCUGACGCACCAACUUCCUGGUCAACCGGAAUCAAGUCACGAGUCAUUCUGUGGUACUUAGUCAUGUAUAAUGUAAAUAUUGUAGUGAAAGUUUCCCCGUCUCAUGGGUUUUUGACUGUCAGCAUGGUGAUGGUGUGUACAGCUUUUGUCACUGCGGUCGUACUGACAAUGUUUGUGUUUACGUGUCUGUUUUUCUGCCACAUCUUAAAGCUCGUCCUCCGUUGUCUUAGGCCUCUGUGAUGCCUGGAUACAGCUGUGUAGCUCUAAGUGAUGCGGGAUUCAGUAGCUUAUUAGUGUGAGGGAUGAACCUUAAACAUUAGAGCCACAUGAUGAUGGGAUCAUGGAACAUCUGUGCUAUGUGCACUGAAAUGUAUUUCCGUUUUAACCAAGUAAUAUUAUUAUUAGCUUCCCCAUAACAUCAUAACAAAGUAUUGACCUUGACUUCCCCAGCUUUGUAUUGCUUAUAGUUUUGAAAGGCUCUGAGGUUUUGAUCCUGGACACUGAGUUCUGUAUCAAAAGCCUUAUCCCAUAAUGCAGCAACACUGACAAUCAUGACGCUUGAGAGGACGAGCGUGCGGUCCGAAACCAGCUCGCAUCUCUCUUCUCCUGCCUCAUUGCCAUGAAAGCAGUUUUACUUCUGUCGGCCUCAGCUGAGCUGAUCACCAGAGACCGGUCCGAAUCGGUUUCUGGUCAGACAGAUUUGGGAGAAACAUUCAUUCCCCGUGUUAAAGCAAAGAUCUGUAUCGCCUGUAACGUCUGGUUGUCUUUUGCCGCUGUACAAGCUGAUGUAUCUGUGGAGUUGUGCAUUUGUUUUCACUUCUGUCCCAGUCUGUUCAUGACACUCACGGUUAUUUAAAGGUACACAAGGAAACAUGUUAGAGUCUAGGUUUUUGGUACUUUUAAUUUAUUUAACAGAAAUAAACCUAUGUACAAAGCC